UUUUCAUCUGUAGCUUGCUUUGUUCUGUGGCAUGAAUGUUAGUUUAGAACUUCAGUAAAGGGAAAAUGACAGAUAACGUUUGAUGACUGGAAUAAAACGUACAGCCUAAAAAAAUGAUCAGCAGCUCCAAAAGAGUAGAUCGGAAGGUUUUCUUAGUGGGAUAGCAAAAGCCGAUAAUUUUUCAGUAGACUGUUACAACACAGAAAGGCAGUGGAGGACUCAAGUUUAAUCCUGUAGAUGGUGCUGUAAGAUUCGCUGGGUACACUAGGAGUGUCUUCAUGAGGGAAGUGUUUUCAAACUAUUUAACAAUGAAGCUGGAAAAAGUGCAUUUGAAAUGUAAGAAUUUGCAUGAGUUCCUGAGAGAACUAAGCCCAGCUGUCCUUGACCGACUUUAUAACCAUCCUGCAACCUGCCUUGCAGUCUUCCGAGAACUGCCACCUUUGACCAGGAAUUAUGUGAUGCGAAUGCUGUUUCUUGAUCAACCCCUCCCUCAGGCAGCAGUGGCUUUCUGGGUAAAGAAGGAAAACCACAGGGAGCAUGAAGAGGGGACAAACAUUCUUACAGGACUGCGACUCUGGCAUACUCAGCUUCUUCCUGGUGGCCUUCAGGGAUUUAUCCUAAACCCUGUCUUCAGAGAGAACCUCCGCAUUGCUCUCUUGGGAGGUGGUAAAGCAUGGGCAGAUGAUACAAGCCAGUUAGGCCCUGACAAGCAUGCUCGUGAUGUUCCUUCUCUGGAUAAGUAUGCCAUGGAACGAUGGGAGGUGAUUCUACAUUUCAUGGUUGGAUCGCCCAGUGCAGCUGUGAGUCAGGACCUCGCACAGCUCCUUACUCAGGCAGGUCUUAUGAAGAGUGAAGCUGGUGAGCCCCCUUGCAUUACUUCUGCUGGAUUUCAAUUCUUGCUUUUGGACACAGCCUCUCAGCUCUGGUACUUCAUGUUGCAGUAUCUGCAGACAGCUGAGUCUCGUGGAAUGGACCUGGUUGAAAUCCUCUCUUUCCUGUUCCAGCUGAGUUUCUCCACUCUUGGAAAGAGAAAGUCCAGACGCUACUAUCCAACUCGACUGGCAAUCAACUUGGCUUCCGGGGUAACAAGCACAGUCAGCACCUCAGCAGACAACCCAAACCAAGGCUUCAUUGUGGUAGAGACCAACUAUCGAGUGUAUGCUUAUACGGAGUCGGAGCUGCAAAUAGCUUUGGUAGCCCUUUUCUCAGAGAUGUUGUAUCGCUUCCCUAACCUCGUGGUGGCCCAGCUGACUAGGGAGAGUGUCCAGCAGGCCAUUGCCAAUGGAAUCACAGCUGAUCAGAUCAUUCAUUUUCUGAGAACACGGGCUCACCCUGUAAUGCUAAAGCAGACACCGGUCCUGCCCCCAACAAUAACUGAUCAGGUUCGACUAUGGGAACUGGAAAGAGAUCGACUGAGGUUUACAGAAGGUGUUCUCUACAAUCAGUUUCUUUCCCAGGUGGACUUUGAACUGCUUAGGAAUUAUGCCCGGGACCUUGGAGUGCUGGUCUGGGAAAACGCUCCCAAGAGACUCAUGGUAGUUACACCUGCUGGACAUGCAGAUGUUAAAAGAUUCUGGAAACGACAGAAGCAUAGUUCCUAAGGACCAUUUUUUAACUUUUUCGAAAGUUAUUCAUUUUGUUUCUGUGAAGGAAACGUAAAAUAUUUGUUCAGUUGAAAGGAGCAGUUCUGUUUCUUUAGAAACAGUUAUGAAAGUGUGUCUGUGUGUCUGGUGAACUUCUAGAGUAAUUCUUUUAUGUCAUUUGUGUCCAUACAUUUACAAAGGUACUUUGCCUGUUUAACAGCUUUAGUAAAACAGUUUGAACUCCA